AUGCCGCUGUUGUUGUCUGACAUGUGCACCCCAGUGAGAGCUCUGAGUGCGAUCGGGGUAGCAGACGGAGUUGGAGGGUGGGCAUCGGAGGGAGUCGACGCAGGGGAGUACAGCAGGAGGCUGAUGGCAUUGACGAGGGAGAAUCUUGUAGCGUCCAAGGACCCCUGCCCUCUCAAGGCCCUCGAACGAGCGCGUGAGUACACGCAGCUCCUGGGGAGCUCCACAGCCUGUGUCGCGGUUUUGUAUCAGGGUGUGCUGAAGACGUUGAACGUGGGAGACUCCGGCUUCAUGGUAGUGAAGCCUCGGAGCAAGCAAGCUCAUACGUACGACAUGGUGUACAGGACGAAAGAGCAGCAGCACCGCUUCAACAUGCCCUUCCAGCUCUCCUUCGGACCCUACUCCGAUAAGCCCAGCUCAGGCGACGCGUGGGAGUACAAGGCGAAUCCUGGCGACGUCGUGCUGAUGGCCACGGAUGGUGUGUGGGACAACUUGUUCGAUGAAGAGGUGAUGCAGGCAUUGUGCUCAGCCAAAGGAGACUUGAAGGUGGCUGCGCAUCUUAUCGCCAACCUCUCCAUCAAGAAAGGGCUGGCGACUUCAGUUAGAACUCCCUUCAACGAGCGGCACAACCAGCUCUUCAGCGACGAGAAGCGAACGGCCGGCAAGCUGGACGAUGUGACUUGCGUCGUGUCGGAGGUGGUGGAGGAGGAAGUUGCCAGUCAGGAUGGACCGAGAGAAGGGGUGAACAAGGAGAAGGAGGCAGCUACGAACAACAAGAUGAGCGGGGAUGACGUAAACGACAUGGAGCUGAUCGAUUCUCUGAGAUCAGCGAUCAUGCGUACGCAGUAA